AUGAUCUAAAAGGAUGAGUAACUUUAAUAUCCUUGGGAUUGUGUUGCUUGUAAUUAAUAAAAUAAUUACUAUUUAAAAUAAUGUUAAUAUUGUGGAACAUUGAAGGAGCAAUUUUUUUAACAAAUGAAGUUCGAUUGUACUUAUUUUAAUAAAAUUUCAGACUUAUAAAAUUAUAAUAAAGAUUUUUCGGAGAUAAUAAUAAUAGAUUUUGAUUGUAAUCAAGCAGAAGAUAGGAAAGAAAUUUUGGAAUUACUUAUAUGUAAAUUAAAACUAUCAGAAUCAGAUUAUAAUGUUGCGUUUUCAAAACAAUUAAUUAUAAAGCCUUUUUUGAUACCUCUAAUCUAAAAUCCAGAAUAUUGUUCAAUUACAUAAGAAUAAGCUGAUUAAGGAGUGGGAUUUUAAGAAACCUUUUAAUAUUUGUCUGGAGAUAUAUUUAUAUUUGAGAAUAGAGAGAAAGCAAAGAUAUACUUGUAAUAGUGUUAAUAUUGCAAUUUAAAGUGUCCAAUAUAGAAAUAUAUUGAGGUUAGAAGUGUAUUUCCUAAUUCAAAUGGUUAAUUAACAGUAAAUGCUAUGCUUAAAUAAUUGAAAAUCCCAUAUUAAUGUAUUUAUGUAAUUGAAUAAAAUAGCUGAUUGUUUUUCUUUGGCAGAGGUAGUUAAGGAGUUAUUAGAUAGAUCAUAUAGAUUUGAAUUGAAAAUGUUACAAACAUUAAAAUUUCCUAUACCAGAAGAAGAGGAUAGAUUAUAAGGAUUUGAUAAUAUUAUAAUACUUGAUUUUGAAGCAACUUGUAUUAGAGAACAAAAUAAAAAAUAUCUUUAAGAGAUUAUAGAGUUUCCAGCUUAAGUUUAUAAUGUUUAAGAAAGAAAGGUUAUAAAAGAAUUUUGGAGAUAUUUAAAACCAGUUGAAAAUCCAAUUUUAAGUGAUUUUUGUACAGAAUUAACAGGAAUAACAUAAGAAUAAGUAGAUAAAGGAAUAUUGCUUGAUUAAGCAAUAGAUGAAUUUAUUUAGUUUAAAUAAGGUUUAUAAAGAUAUUGCAUAUUAACUUGUGGUGAUUAUGACUUGAAUUUACUAAAGAAAGAAGCGAGUAGAAAAGGAAUAGCUAUAUAAAAAGAACUAUAAUUUUAUAUAAAUAUAAAAAAGGGUAAAAAUAUUAAAUUUACAAUAGUAUUUCCAAAAAGUUUAAGAAAUCCAAAAUAAAUAAAAGACCCAUGUAUGGUAGAAAUGUUAGAAUAAUGUGGAUUAGAUUUAUAAGGUAGGCAUCAUAGUGGAAUAGAUGAUGUAAGGAAUAUUACUAGAAUCGUUCAUUAUUUAAUAAAUGAAAAGUAAUUUAAGUUUGAUGAGAGAAUGAUUUCAUACACAUUUAAAAUAUGA